AUGUUUUCCUGCUGCCGCUGUGUAAAUCCCAAGUCACCGAAACAGAAGGAAAAGUUGGCCGCGGGCAAGGGCGAUAAGAAUGGCGAGUCCGAGUCCGAGUCGGAGGAGCAGCACACCAAGCAGCCGAAAUCGAACGAAGCGCCGCCGGCGACGGUCAGCCACCUACCGACAGCGGUGGACAACCUCUCGCAGGAUGACGAGGAGAUCAAGAUAGAAAUAAUUGAAAACUCCGACAACCCGCCGUCAUCGUCGGGGGGUUCGGCUGCGACGACGGCCGCCCUGAACGGGGGCCGAUCACCGGCGGAACCCACGUCAGAGGCGGCUCCCACGGGAACGCAAUCUCCUCUCGAUACGCGGCACCCGGCGGAAAGUGAACCGGCGGCCGCCCCAGGCUCCGUCGAUACCGAGCGAGCAGCAUCAUCGUCGAACCUGGACGCGGCCUCCGCUUCGUCCUCGUCGCCCGCAAGCAAAACCCCGUCGAACCUUGCGUCGGGCCAAUCGUCGUCCGCCGUGGUGACGGAGAUCGAAGCGCAACCAACGGCCCACAACGAAUCGACCGAUGCCGAAUCGACCGGAGACGCCACCAACACUCCUCAGGAAAUUCCGACCACCACGAAACCCCGGCCGAUGAUGCGGCGGAAGCACCAGCUUUCAUCUCGGACGCGGCCGAAGGACGGCGAUCGGACGAACAGUUGCACCCGGCGGGCGACGCCACCGAACCGGACCCAAUCGAUGAUUCGCCCGAAGGCGAAGGGACGGUGGAACCAUCAGCACCGGUUGGUUCUUUAG